AUGCAGACCCCCCGGCGGGAGGCUGCCCGGCCCUACGUCCCUUCCGCGACCCUCGAAGUGAGCUUUCCGGCGCCGCUGUUCAGUGAUGACUUCCUGUCCCUGGAGGGUCCCCGCUGGUCCCCGGCCGUCCAGCAGGCCACGCGCUGGAAGUACACGCCCACGGGCAGGGACGCCGCCGGCCAGCUGUACUACACGGGCCUGACGCCCCGGGGGCCCCGGGAGGACUGGCGCGCGCUGGCCGGGGCCCCCGCCAGCCCCUUCCGCGAGGCCCACGCCCGCUGGCUCGGAUGCCACCGGCACCGGGAGCGCAGCCUGCCCGCGGCCUACACCCAGCACCUGCGGGAGACCGCCUGGCAGGACCCCGUGGUCCCCGCGCAGUACCUGCACCCGGGCGCGCGGUGGGGGAGCGCGCUGUGGAGGGACCGGCCGGCGCGGGGCAAGGAGUACGAGGUGUGCCGGAGCCGCUUCGGGGCGGAGCCGCUGUGGCGGGCGUCGGACUACGUGCCCUACCUGUCGGCGGCGCAGCGGCCGCCCUACACCACGCAGAGCGCGCGCCACUGGGGCCUGGACGCCCACAGCCCCUCGACCGGCCCGCGGCCCCCGCCCUCCUAA